AUGGUCAGAGAUGGCCUGCAAGCAGAGGACGACAAAAAUCCAAUCAGUCCGUUCCGUGACCAUUCGACUUGUGGUGACGACUCACAUUUGAUUGACGAUGGUUCAAGCAUCAAUUCUGGAAAUAGAUCUCGUGCUCGACAAUGGGGGAUCAAUCAACAAGUUGCCGUUGCAAAUGCUUCAGAUAACAUCUCCCGCCAUGUGAAAUCCUUCUUUACACCCCGUCCUCGCAGUUCGACCAGUAUUUCCCUACCAAGAGGAGUAGAAUGCGACUAUUGCGACAAACCCAUCGCGGCAUUCAAACGGCGGGCUAGAGAGAUUCUUUUAUCGAAGAAUAUGCUCUCGAUUCCCUUUACCCUUGUAGCCAUCUUCUUUUCCGUAUCCGAUAUUCCCCCGCUAGUGGUCUUUAUCUGGAAUUUGAUCGCUAUCGUGCCCUUGUCGAUAACGCUUACCCUUGCGACCGAACGACUUUCCCAGGAACUAGGAGAGACUGCCGGCGCUCUUCUGAACAUCACAAUCGGUAAUCUUGCCGAGCUAAUUAUUUUGUUUGUCUCCCUGUUCCACACAAUUGCAGCACAUGUACUGACUUCAAUUCGUUGUAGUGUCACGGCACUUAUGAAAAACAACAUCAAAGUGGUACAAGCAUCGCUUCUUGGAUCUAUCCUUGUCAACUUGCUUUUGGUCCUGGGAUCUGCAAUUAUCGCUGGAGGGUGGGCAUCUCCUGACCAAACCUAUAAUAGCGAUCUGACUCACGCCUUUGUCGGAUUGCUGAACCUGACAGUAUCAUGUCUUAUGAUCCCAACCGCAUUCUACGGAAGCGUGAAAGAUAUAAAAUCAGCCGAUCAUAUGGCCCUGUACUUCAGCAGAGGCGUGUCCGUCAUUCUCCUCGGCAUCUAUUUCCUAUACCUGUUCUUCCAAUUCAAAUCCCAUGCACACCUUUUCCGAUCUCGCCCCCGACCUACCCGCCGGUCCUACGAUGAGAUGUUCAUGGAUAUCGAAUCCCAGGAAUCGACCGAGUCCUUGAUCAACAAAUCCCGCCAACGACCCGAAAUGCAACAAAUCCAACCCGAGGGCCCUUCGUCCCCAUUAGACGAUAUCCAGCCCGAGUCCGGACUACCUAUGCAUCACCUCGACACCGACCGCAGACGCCCACAACAAGAAUGGGAUGGUGUUGCGCCCGGAGCCCAGGAGGCCCAGCUGCACCAAUGCAAAAACCUAUCCUUUGCCAGUCGAGCCAUAUCCAUAACAGUGCUAGUCGCAUCGACCAUCCUCAUCGCCAUCUGUGCCGAGUUCUUCGCAUCCAGCUUCGGCGUGCUCAACGAAAAGGGUAUCCUCGGUGAAUCCUUCGUCGGCCUGAUCGUCAUCCCGGUCGCAGGAAAUGUCGCCGAGAACGUGACGGCCGUUAUUGUCGCUCAUAAAAAUCAGCUCGAUCUCGCAAUUAGCGUUGCUCUUGGCUCAGCCAUACAGAUUGGAUUGCUGGUCGCUCCUGUUAUUGUUCUGGUCGCUUGGGCAUUAGAAAAGCCCAUGACUCUUCAUUUCGAUCGUUUCGGGAUGGUGACGCUGGUCGGCUCCGCCCUGCUUGUUAGUUUCCUCGUUCUCAAGGGUAAAACUAAUUACCUGGAAGGCGCAAUUCUUUGUGCCUGUUUUGCCGCUAUUUCUGUCGGCGCUUUCUUGUUACCCAUUACUUAA